AUAUUUUUUCAGGUGUCCAUUUGCGUUACAAAAAUAAAGCUAAUAUUAAAAAAUUCAGUUUGGAGAAUUAAAAUGUUAAAAAUUGGGAACCGUCGGAUUCGAAUGAACAAUGUCCAAAUCCAUUGUAUUGUAUAUUGUUAAGUGAUCUACUGCGACACAUUAAACCACUUUCUCCAACUCGUCACACAACCAUACCUCACCGUGUCACUCAUUUUCAUCCUUUCUUUUCGGUUUCAAACUCCGGCCAUCCAUGGCGGCAUCACGGCGGCUCAGGGAGCUGCAAUCCCAACCAGGAAACAAGAUCUGCGUCGAUUGUUCUCAGAAGAAUCCACAGUGGGCAUCAGUAUCCUACGGCAUCUUCAUGUGCCUGGAAUGCUCCGGCAAACACCGUGGCCUCGGGGUUCACAUAUCCUUCGUACGAUCCGUCACCAUGGAUGCUUGGUCCGAAAUCCAAAUCAAAAAAAUGGAAGCUGGUGGUAACGACAAUCUCAACGCUUUCCUUGCACGCUAUUCAAUACCUAAGGAAACCGAUAUCGUUACAAAGUAUAACACCAACGCCGCUUCCGUUUACCGUGACAGGAUCCAAGCUAUGUCAGAAGGUCGUCCAUGGCGCGAUCCGCCUGUUGUUAAGGAGAAUUUUGGUUCCAAGGGGAGGCCGCCGCUGUCACAGACUCGUCGGAAUAACGAUUCCUCUUGGGAUGAUUGGGAUGGAGGAAGUUCCGUCGAUGUGAGGAGUAAGUCCACUGGGGAUUUCAGAAGCUUGAACGGCGGUGGAGCGCCGGUGAGAUCGAGGUCGACGGAGGAUAUUUAUACGCGGUCGCAGUUGGAGGCUUCUGCGGCCAAUAAGGAGGGAUUCUUCGCGAAGAAGAUGUUGGAGAAUGAAUCGAAACCGGAAGGACUUCCACCGUCUCAAGGUGGGAAGUAUGUUGGGUUUGGAUCCAGUCCCGCGCCUUCGCAAAGGAGUAAUCCGCAAAACGACUAUUUAUCUGUUGUUUCACAGGGGAUUGGUAAGUUAUCACUAGUUGCUGCUUCUGCUGCUAAUGUUGUUCAGGCUAGCACUAAAGAUAUCACCUCUAAGGUCAAGGAAGGUGGUUAUGAUCAAAAGGUCAAUGAAACUGUCAGCGUUGUCACUCAAAAGACAUCAGAAAUUGGUCAAAGGACAUGGGGUUUAAUGAAAGGGGUCAUGGCUUUGGCUUCACAGAAGGUUGAGGAGUACACUAAAGAGAACUCAAAUUCGACUACUAAUAACUGGCAACGAAAUGAGAAUGAUAGAAAUGGCUACUAUCAGGAUUUCAAUCAAGAGAACAAAGGCAUCAAUUCUACUACCGGAAGAGAACAAUCUUUGUCAGGGCAAUUCAAAACUAAUAGCUCAAACUCUUGGGAUGAUUGGGACCACAAAAAUAGUUGGAAGGAAGGACAAACUAAAGGAUCAACUCCUUAUUCAUCUGGUGGUCAGUCUGGUACUCACAAUCCAAGCUCUUGGGAUGAUUGGGACAACAAAGAUUCUAGGAAGGAAGAACCUGCUAAAGGAUCGGCUCCCCAUAAUAAUGAUGCUGGUUGGGCUGGCUGGGAUAAUGCCAAAGAUGAUGGAUUCGAUAAUUUUUAUGAUGGUGCAUCUAAUAAGAAAACUGUUGGACAUAAUGGGAAAUCAGAUGAUGCUUGGACGGGGGGUGGCUUUCUCUAAAGUUUGUUGAUCAUGCAAUACUUCUUUGGUUCGAUCCAUCCGUAUUACUAGUUUCGAGAUUGUUCCACAUUGGUGACAAAAACUACAACCGCGUUUGAACUGAUGACAUGCAGGCAAAGCCGUGGUGCCCCAAAAACCAUUAUGCAUGUGAAAGGACUGUCGACUGUAACUUAUUAGUACGUUUUUCAUUUUUAAACUCAAACUCUAUGUGCAGGAAGAAAGAUUUUUGAGGUUGGCAUAUUUUCAGCAAGUUAUUCUUUACUCUGUACUUUGUCCACUUGUAAUUUUUUCCUAUGUAACAUUUUGGAAACUUCGGCUGGAAAGAUAGUUUUACUUUUUACAAGUGUUGAAAGAAGGGGCUAAUUGCCCAAAUCUUAAUUCUUGAGAGCAGUAUGAUGAAACAAUAUUGUGAUGUGAAAAUUUCAGAGUUAUUUUGAAUGUGUUUGUUGCCUCUUA